GGGGUCUUGGGGGUCUCGCGGAUGAGUUGUCCUGCAUCUUCGUAGCGUUAGCCGUUCGCCCCGCUGGUUCGAGCAAACGGCGAUGCCUGGUUGCGGAGAUGUCGAAGCAAUUAGUGAAACAGAAUAGUAAUACAUUGAUUGCAUCUACUAACCGCUGAUUCAUUACUAAUUGGGGGGACAUCCCACGCCAAUCUAGAUGGUCCACUUGGAAGGACUUGGAACGUUCAACUCAGCAUCGCCAUCGACCAUUUUGACAGCUACCUAUCAUCUUCUUCUUCACGUUUAUGAACAAGUUCGGACUUUUCUCACUAACCAAGUCUAUCCCACCGAUAUUGAAUCACAAUGUUUGCGCUUACAAGGUCCUCCUCACGUGGCCUUCAACCGUUGACCACUGUUGCGAAGAACGGAUUCAAUGGACACAGCCGCAGCUACGUAAGCGUAGCUAAUCGUGUGCACCGUGUGACGAUGUUCAAGAUGCCGAAGGCUGAGGAUCAGAAAAAGUUUUUGGAGCAGUGUCGGAAGAUGGCUGCUGACAAUCAGAGGAAUGGUACGCCUUACAUACUCAGUAUGGUUGCCGGUCCUGUCGAAGAAGGCCUCCGCACUGAAGGCUACACCUUUGUCAACAAGACCGAGUUCGCCAGCAUGGACGACAUGAAGUACUACGAGAGCGAGUGUCCUGCUCAUGGAGAAGUGAAGAAAGUCUUAGGUGAGAUUACCAUAGACGGGAUGAUGACCGUCUUCUUCAAGCCGCAGGCUACCGGAGGCACAUAGUGUUUUGGGAUAACUUUAAGGAAGAGGGCAAUACAAAUACAAAUGAGGCUUGUAACUUCAUGUGUGGGAGAGCAAUAGGUUGAGAGAGAGAGAGAGAGAGAGAGUAUUUGCUGAGAAUACUAAGAAGGGCAACCUACAGGACGUUUAGAAGUGCCUAGCGAUUAUCUUUGAUAGUAGCUAUUCAAAUCAACAAAUAACCUAUGUUGUCUUAAUACAAUUAUAUAUACACACUAUUAGUCACAGUAUAACUUAUUUAGUAAUAGUGUGAGCAAGAAACACCA